GAUUGGUCUAUACGCCGGCAUCAAAUAGAUCAAUCGACUACAAUGUACAUGAGACAUCUUAUAGUCACAACAUGAAUAUGACUUCGACGUAUCCAACGUAUAUCUACAAAAUCAUUCCUUCUGUGGCGAAACCUCCUUCGCCGCUUCCAGAAGUCCUUCCAGUUUCUGAUCUAGAUCAAAGAGAUGGAUUCGUUCACUGCUCUACCUCGAAACAGUUACUAGGAACUUUGAAUGCCUUUUUCUCAAACGAAUCCCACGUCUACAUUCUCCGCAUCAAGUAUGAGCAAGUAGCUCCAUACAUCAAAUGGGAGGAUGCAGUAGGAAAGCAACCCGAAGAAAUAGGCGGGUGUUGGGAUACGGAGGGCAAAGCGGGGUUCUUUCCUCACAUCUAUAAUGGAUUGAAGGUUGGAAAAGAGGAAGUCGACGAUGUAGGAGAGUGGAGGAAAGGAAGCGAGGGUUGGUCCGGUGAGGACUGGUGUUGGGGAGAGGUGGAUCGUCCUAUCUAAUUAUUGGAUUGGGAAGAUUACAAGGUUAAAUGGUAAGCUUGGAGAUGAACAAUUGCAACAGUCACUUUCCCGUCGAGAGCCGAGAGCUUGCAUUUGUAGUAGUGUGCUUUGGGUAUGAAGCGGUGCGAGCUUCGUGUAUCAGACAAAUCCAGUGGUCCAAGAAUUGGUAUAUCUAAUGUCUUGACGGACAGUGAACCGCAAAUCAAGUUAGAUCUAGCAUUUCGACGCUAUCACUGUAUUCUUUGAUAUUCAAAUUCAAUCACGGGUCCACUUCAAAACAUGAUCCAAUCCUCUACUGUCCUCUACUUUCUUCAAAAAUUAGGCCGACGCGAACCA